CUGGAUCAGAGCAAAGUGAAGUCUCUAAUUUUUUAAACUGAACGCAACUUUAAUCAUGUCGAAACAUCGAAAACCUAGUGUCUAUUCUGCAGUAUAUUAUCGUAAAAGUAACAUUAAAUAUUAAUAUUAUAUAUUAAAUAUUGAUAUUCCAAUUAACUUAUUUUUACUAUCGUGCAUACUUUAAAUUUCUUGAACGACGAUCGCUGCAGGUGACACGUGGAAUAUUUAAAAGUGACAUCGAUUAGUGUAUUGAUCACCAAAUAAAAUGAAUCUGGCACGUUCUUUUGUCAAUUUGCGACACAUUGUGAAUCUCGCAAAUUGUGCUAAUAAAGUUACAGUGAGAUGUCUUUCACAAUAUUAUAAGAUAAAUGACGAUCUGUUUGGAUUGAGUGAUGAACAGAAAGAGCUUCGCUCGAUGGUUUUCAAUCUUGUCCAAAAGGAAUUGGCUCCCAAAGCUGCCGAAAUCGACAAGAAGAAUAAUUUCGAUGAGUUGAAAGAGUUUUGGCAAAAAUUGGGCAAAUUGGGCUUGUUGGGCGUUACGAUCAAGACAGAGUAUGGUGGCACAGGUGGUACAUACCUUGAUCAUGUAAUUAUUAUAGAAGAAAUAAGCAGGGCAUCAGCUGCUAUUGGGUUGAGUUAUGGUGCACAUUCAAAUCUCUGCAUGAACCAGAUCCACAGAAAUGGCACGGAAGAGCAGAAGCACAAAUACUUGCCCAAGAUGUGUAGCGGUGAGCACUUUGGCGCUUUGGCAAUGUCAGAGUCAGAAGCCGGCUCUGACGUUGUCUCCAUGAAACUAAAAGCUGAGAAGAAAGGCGACUAUUAUGUGUUGAACGGGAAUAAAUUCUGGAUCACCAACGGCCCAGAUGCGGAAACGUUGAUUGUCUACGCGAAGACCGAUCUAAACGCGGAUAAACCACAGCAUGGCAUCACCGCUUUCAUUGUGGAACGCGGAAUGGAGGGUUUCAGCACAGGGCAGAAGCUAGACAAAGUGGGAAUGCGCGGCUCCAACACGUCGGAAUUGAUUUUUGAAGAUUGCAAAGUUCCAGUCGCAAACAUAUUGGGAGAAGUCAACAAGGGCGUUUAUGUACUCUUCAGUGGAUUGGACUAUGAACGACUGAUAUUGGCCGCUGGCCCAUUAGGAGUCCUACAGUCUUGUUGCGACGUCGCUUUUGAAUACGCUCAUACGAGGAAGCAAUUCAACCAACCUAUUGCACAAUUUCAAAUGAUACAGUCGAAGUUAGCGAAUAUGUAUACAAAUCUGUGCACGGGCAAGACUUACCUUUACACCAUCGCGAAAUCCUGCGACAACGGUCAGAGAAACCGCAAGGAUUGCGCCUCAGCGCUCCUUUAUAACAGUGAGAACGCUGUAAAAGGGGCAUUGGACGCCAUGCAAAUACUUGGCGGAAAUGGUUAUACCAAUGAUUACCCGGUAGGACGGUUGCUGCGAGACGCGAAACUAUACGACAUCGGUGCGGGCACCAACGAAGUACGACGUUUGGUCAUCGCCCGUGCAAUCACCGAAGAAUAUCUCCAGUAGAAAAAUGACGAGAGCUGCUGUCAAUCCGCAUAUUUUAAUUAUUCAGGUCAAAAUAUACUUAAACCAAAAGACUCCAUUAAUGUAGCUUCAUUCCCUAGGCAUAGUGACAUCGAAAAUCUCCAAUCAGGCACGUUAUGUCCAAAUAUUCAUGCAUGAUGACUGUUAGUUAUUGAUAAAUCGGCAACGAUGCUUCGAGGCAGCAGUUGUGAUGCGUAAAUAUUCAAAAAUAAUGCGCGUGAUUGGAAAUUUUCCACGUUUCUGUGCCUAGAGAAUAGAGUUACGUUAAUGGAGUUUUCUAUAUGUGACCUACCAGUGGUGAUAUAUCAUAGUUGGGUAAAACUUGUUUUAAAAAGAUCUGUCAUAAGGGCUAACAGCUAUUAGACAAUGGCUAUUAGUAUACAAACCGCUAUGAAAAAUAACUUAUGGAACUCUAAUAAUGAUAUUUACAUCUCUAUAUUUUUAUACUGAUUGGUGAUGUUCCGAUAGUUAUUAUAUAUUUUUUAUAGUUUUUUUGUUCAUUUAUUAGCUGCUUUGUUUAUUACGAAGCAGCUAAUAAAUGAUGAUUAUAAAGUUAAUCCUUUAUACAUUCUUCUAACAUUUUUUACACACACACACACACACACACACACACACACACACACAUAUUGUUAUUUUAUACGUUUAAAAAAUGUGUAUAUCAUGUACUAUGCAAAAACAGAUAAACAUGGUACAUUUUAUAAACAAAAACGACCUGUAUGUGUUCUUGUUAAGUUUAAUGAUUUUGCAAGCCUCUAAUUUUACAAAAUAUACGUAUUCACAGAGAUUGGGCCAGGCUAGUUUCUUGAAGUGAUCCUCUUCAAGGAUUAUCAGCGAUCGACUCAGUCAGUCGGUGGAUUAAUAGAUCAGCACUACUGCGUACUAUUGAUCUUUCAUAUCGCGUACCAGCGAUAUGUAUGGAUAAUACAAAUUGAGAUAAUUGAGUCACUAGAGCGGCCUAAGCGGAGAUUGCAAUUAACUAACCUUUCGCGCUAUAGGUUGCUAAUUUAAGUCUUAACACAUAUAUAUACGCGCGUUUUCUUAUCUUCUCUUCCUCGCACGCUUUCUCUCUCUCUCUCUCUCUCUCUCUCUCUCUUUUCGAAGCUCAGAUCUAGUCUCUGUUAAUGACAGUGCAGCCAAACUAAUUACAUCGAACCAGUUCAUAUAGGGGAGAAGUUCUCCGUCAUCCGUGAUAGGCGGCAGAGCGAUCAUCACCAGGAAGGAGCUGAGAGAAGGCUGAGCAAAUGGAUUUUUACAGACCGAGGAUGGCUCUCAAGUUCUCCAUAGGCAACUUUUACGAGACCUAUGUAAGUAUUCGUCGACCAGGAAGUCGCCCUUCAGUCUCACCCAUUCGUAUGACUUACAGCCUGAUUAUCUGUUGAUUAAACCUCCCAUCUUCGUCAAUUAUUAAUGACAAAUUCUUUGAUGGGUUCAACCGUCAUUUUUCUUAUACGAAAGAUUCGACGGUCGAUAUUAAUUAAGUUCAUGUUUGAUUAAGCAAUU